AUGAUCACACCUGCCGCUCUCUUGUCGACGGCUCAAACGGAAUUUGUGACGCUUUCGUUCCGCGGGUUUGCGGUCUGGUGGAUUGUCAUCUUUGGGAUUCAUCUGGUCACGUUCAUUUUUCACGCGUGUUACGCCAAGUUUUACUGGAUGUUCGGCUCCACAGUUUUGAGCUAUUCUUUGGAUUCGUAUGACGUUGGAAUGCCUCACAAACACUUUCGUACAAUUUCGUACGUGCACAUGGUUGUAGCCUGUCUGAACGGUGGGUUGUUACUGCUCAUGGUUGUCGGAUCACUGCGUAGACGCAACUUGGUAUUUUAUCCAUGGUCACGGUCGAUUGUAAAGCGACCGAAGAAAACACUGAAAAACAAUGCGGGUGCAAUAAAUUACCACGUUGGUAACGAAACCUCAAACCAAAUUAUGGGUAAAUCAACCAUCCAAAUGCUUCGAAGGGCAACGGCGACCUAUGCAAAUAUCGCUAACCGACGUGGUGCUAUUGGCGUUAAUGGACGCUACUUUUACAUAAUUCUCGUCUGUCGGGAAAUUGUCGAGACGACAUUUCAAAGUGUACAAGCUUUUAGAAUGAGCAAGUAUCUGUCACGUUCCGUUUUGAAUCGCUUUUACGUCAGUUUACUUGUGAUCAACUGCUGGUCGUCCGUAUUCGUACACACUCGUCUAUUUAGUAACGAUGAGGCUCGUCGAAGGCUUGCCGCGAUUGUGCUUGAUUGUACAUUGGACCUGAUGUCUGCGAUGGGGGUCUCAAUUAUGAUAAUUGUAAAUUACGUAAAUGAAUUCGAUGCUGAGCUGAUGAGUUUCAGCUUCGAACUACUAGAAGACAACGACUGGAUGGCUCAGAUGCUCGAUGAAGCGAGACUUGUACUGGUAUCUUCAUGGUCAGACCUGAUUUCUCGAGUUGUAUUUGCACUUGGGAUCAUCGCAACCACUGCGAGUAUGAAAGAACUACUACGCUGGAAACCUGAUCGAGGGAAUCGCAUCACACAUGCACAAGGUCCUAAUAUUGCUGAUGUCAAGCAUCGUGGCACAGUUGAACCAAUUGUUUCUCGCCAGCCAGCACAUACAGUUAUGGGUGCAAAUAAUGACGCUUUACACGUCCAAGCAUCUUCGAAGACGCCCUUAGUGGAAUGUAGCCCCAAGGUAUAUCCAAUGGCCGGAGCGCUUCCGGCAUGCUUUGCUGUGGAAUUUGACUGCUACAAAGUGGGGAUAACUGGCGCAAAAGUCGAUGUUAUAGAUCAAUGGAAGCGAUUUGACCACACCACCGUAGUGAAGUUACACAUUCUGCAUUGUCCUGAGCUAGAGGUCCCUGAAAUGUUCCAAGAAUUUAUUCGACUGCGUGAGAUCUGGAUCUACAAUUCGACUAUUCGGGACUGGGGGCCAGAAGCAGCCGUCACAAAUUCGUGCCAUCCUAACCUUACUGUGUUAUCCAUGAUUCGAACCAACUUGACAGACGGACUGCUCCCUCUCGGCUUUCAAUCCGAUGAUUUUCCGAUUAACCUCACACAGAUCAACUUUUGUGAAACAAAUCUCCGGACACUACCCGACGAUAUCGAUGGCAGGUGGAAUUUUAAUGCGAGUAUACACAUCGAGAAUAGUCAGCUGUCAGCGAUACCAUUGUCACUCAUACGACUGCAACCAAUAUCUUUAUCACUCACAGGUAACCCCAUCAACGAGCUACCCUCUAAACUAUUCGAAACUCCAGAUAUCCAGUAUAUUUCUGUUAGUUAUACCGAUGUGGUAGAGCUACCUCGCAAUGUGGCACAACCACCAUUACACCCAAUGGUCAUCGACUUAGCUGGCACAACUAUAGCGUUCUUCUGGUCGUGGAUUGAUCCAUUCAUUGAGAAUGCGAUAGGAGACACUCUGCAAAUUAUCGCGGGUGGAACUCCUUACUGUUCAGAUCUGGCCACGAUUUUCAACGGAUUAGUCAGCAACUUCAGCGCUGUCUUCCAUCAGGGUUACUCUCAGUAUUUGAUGAAUGCAUCCGAGAGCAAUUGGAAUAUUAUCCGCCAAGCUAUUGACUGCGAUACUCGUACGUCUGUCAAAUUUCCUCUUGAGUCGUGGGAUGCUCAAUACGGAAUGGAAUUUCAGUGCUAGCAAAAUGAAUGGGAUACACUUUUCGCAAAAUAAUAGCAGCUUAAUUAUGACGUCGAGGGGUUUGAUACAACG